AUGGCCACUGAAGAAACACCUCACCACAUUGUUGCCCUCGAGGCAAUUCACUGCCCAAUUCCCGACUUUGACCUUCCAGGUCCACACACCAAAUCCAUCCACGCCUGGACCGAGCCCUCAGAGCUCAGCGCACGAGUCAAAGACGCCACAAUUAUUAUAACAACCACAACCCGGCUCCCUGCCGAAAUUAUAAGCGUCGAUAAAACUCCACGCCUCCGACUUAUAGUUGUCCUAGCAUCCGGAACAGACUGUGUGGAUAAAGAAGCCGCUAAAGCACGCGGAAUUCCGGUUUGCAAUUGUCCCAGCACAAAUACCGAUAGUGUCAGCGAGCACGCGAUCGGAUUAUACUUCGCGACGCGAAGAAAUCUAGUUCAUUUGACCAAUGCCGUGACUACUGUGCCUGCCGAGGGUGAGACGGAGUGGAAAUCGAAGGGAUCUCUACAUCCACGACUGCGGACCGCGGAUGGGAAGGCUCCUUUACUUUGCAGCGAAGAGACGGUCGGGAUUAUCGGGUAUGGAGCACUUGGCAAACGAAUUCAGACAUUAGCGACAGCUUUGGGAAUGAAGGUUAUCAUCGCUGAGCGACGAGGAGAAACUCCACGAGCAGGCCGGGUUUCCUUCGAGGAUGCUCUUCGACAAUCAACCGUGUUGAUACUAUGUCUACCGAGAACGGCUGAGACGGCGAACAUGAUUUCAACCGAUGAAUUGCGGAUGAUGCAAUGCCAGGCUGUGUUGAUCAACGUUGCCCGUGGGGGAAUAGUCGACGAGGAGGCUUUAGUUAAUGCGCUCAAGCAAGGAGAGAUCUUCGGGGCGGGAAUGGACGUUUAUGCGAAUGAGCCCGUUGGAAGGGGCGGAUCUCCUUUGCUGGAGACAGACGGGCUAAACCUGGUGUUGAGCCCGCAUCUUGCGUGGUUUGCGGAGAGGACCAUGGGUAAUCUUCAGGCGGGAGUUAAGAACACUGUUGAGUCAUGGUGUAAUGGUAAGACGAUCAAUCGGGUGGCAUAA